UUGGCUCCACCCACUCCUCCACCUAAUAUGGCGUCUCCGAAGCUUCCAAACCUCCUUGAUUCGCUCAAGUCGGGCUCGAGUGGCGCUCGCGGUCGCGGACGGGGACGAGGAGGUAGUUCCACUGGAAGUCGUGGCCUCACGAAAGAUCGGGUUAUUCAGCGGACCGAUCAGGAUGCGCUCCUGUCUCGACUGAGUGCCGUGAAGAUCGGGUACUUGGAAGAUCGAUUCGCGCAUGCGUUCGUGGAUGAGGAGCCGCCGAAGCGGUUCCCUAUUAUAAAUCGAGGUAGGACCUAUGUUCGAUCUAUGGCAAUUGACCGACUUGUCCAAUCAUUUGUAAAAGUCUCUCCUGACCAGAAGAAGCAAAUCAUUUCUCUUGGGGCUGGCUCUGACACUCGUUAUUUCCGCUUAAUCUUUUCCGACCCCUCUCUCAAUCUGGUCUACCAUGAACUGGACUUCAAGGAGAACACCCUGCCAAAGGUCUCUGCCAUCCAGAAGAAACAGUCCUUGCUAAGUGCCAUCACAUCGCACAGGGACAACGCCACCACCGUUCGUAUAGAUGUCCACGAAGGGACGAUCACUUCACAAGGCUAUAAUCUCCAUGCCGUUGAUCUUAGACAGUUCAUAAACCCUUCAGAUGCGCCCUCCCUUCCCAACCUUUCCCGAGAUUGUCCCACUCUUCUUCUCUCCGAGUGCUGUCUUGUCUACCUGCAACCUUCCGAAGUCUCCUCUAUCAUCACCACCUUCAGUCAGCAUCUGAUCCCUCCACCUACUCCCAUUUCUCUGGUUUUAUAUGAGCCGAUCCGUCCGGAUGACGCUUUCGGUCGCACCAUGAUUACAAACCUUGAGAACCGUGGCAUCAGCAUGCCUACUCUCACUGUAUUCCCAUCGCUGGCAUCUCAGCGGGCACGGCUCGAAGAGGCAGGGUUCAACGGUGGCCAAAGUGCGGCGGAUAUUAAGUUCUUGUGGGAGCGAUGGGUGGACGAGGGCGAGAAGGAGAGAGUCGCGGCACUGGAGAUGAUGGAUGAAGUGGAGGAGUGGAACCUCCUGGCGCAGCAUUACUGUGUCGCAUGGGGUUGGAGAUCGGCGGAUAAUGAUCACGACGCAUUCUUGCGCAGCUGGGGUAAUCUUCCAUUUCAGAACGACAAAUGA